AUGGAUAAGGAAAAGAAAGACAAUUGGAAAUGCCCAACAUGCAAAAGUAAACAAAGGAAGUUCGACAAUACUAACACCCCUGUACAAGGCUGUCGUAUGGAUUCGCUUUUAUCUGCGUCUGAUCAGAUAAUCGAUGGCUCCGAAAAAUGUAAUUUAACUCAACGCAAACCGCUAAUCCCAGAGAAACAACCAUUAUCUCCUAGUUCUUCUUCUAUCAUGGACGAUAAGGUUUUAGUCAAUAUUAUACGUCGAGAAAUACAGCAGUCUGUGACGGAGGCUGUUGAAUCAGCCGUCAAGAUGUAUUUUUCUAAGGAGUUUGAUGAAAUUAAAAGCGAAUUGGCUACCUUACGAGAAAUCGGUAAAAGUGUGGAAUUUCUUAGCUCUCAAUAUGACCGGAUGAAUUGUGACAUAAAAAAUUUACAGAAUCGACUUACCGUGGUUACUAAAGAGAAUUUAACGCUAUCCAGUCAAGCAUUAGAUAUCUCGGAUAGAUUUAAACUAAUGGAACAACACUCUCGUGAAACGAACAUUGAGAUCAACGGCGUUCCGGAAAAUAUGUCCGAAAAUUUGCUGUCUUUAGCAAACAACUUUGCUCUACUAUUUCCGUCCUUUUAA